GUUGCAGAGUGUUGCAGAGUCAUGAAAGAACUGCAGAGCAGACAGACAAAGGAAAAUCCAACAGUGAUUAAAGCGUGGAUUUAACGGGCUGAGACUGGUGGUACAUCCAUCAUGGCAGCAGCAAGCAUCUCUCGUUCCGGUUCUGCUACGGACCAGGCCUUGGAGGAUUAUUCUCUCUACAGUAAUCUGAGUGAUGACGAGCUGCUGCAACUCGCCAUCGAGCGCAGUCUGACCGACACUCACAACAGCACCGCCACCAAUGCCAACACAACAACCAAAAUUCAACCUACUCAUUUCCCUGACAAAGGAUUGAACCCUCCGGCAAGAAACACAAACCAACACAGUUCCCAUAAUCCACCUUCAAGACACAGCUCCCAUAAUCCCAGUGCUGCCAACACCUCUGCCCAGUACAGUUCUCCAAACCCUCCAAUGGAGCAGCCUCCUGACCUGAAGACGUUUGAUGGAACAGUCAGCCGGUUCAUGACGGGUUCUGGAAAGAAGAUGGUGGUAUAUCGCCGAGCUGAUGGCAAUGUGGCCCACAUCGCUCCAGAACCUGAACAGGAGGAGGAGCCUCUGUUCAGAGCAAUCCGUGACGGUGACGCAUGCAAAGUCAAAGCACUGGUCAUGUGUCCAGGAACAAACCUGAUGCUGCCGAGCAAACCUGGCUGGCUGGCCAUCCACCAGGCGGCUUGGUUCGGCGAGGAGAUGUGUCUGCGUGUGCUGCUGUCAGCUCAGCCGGGGAUGACCAACAAGAAGACAGCUCAUGGAGAGACGGCCCUGCUGGUCGCCAUCAACAAAGAUUACCUGGAAUGUGUUCGGUUGCUGCUGGAACACGGAGCUGACCCUAACAUCCAGAACAAUGAAAAAGAGACUCCGCUCUACAGAGCAUGUGAGUUGAACAGUCCUGCGAUAGUGGCGAUGCUGCUGAACCGCGGGGCGACGGUGAACACCCGCUGCAACCAGGACUGGACGGCUGUGCAGGAAGCGGUGGUCAGAAACAAUGUGGAGAUCUGUGAGAUGCUGCUGAAGGCUGGAGCCAAACUCAACCUUCGCAACAUGUACGGCAUCACGCCGCUGUUCACGGCAGCUCAGAGCGGGCAACUCGACACGCUGCGCUUCCUCCUCAAACACGGUGCAGACAUUAACACACAGGCGGCUGAUGGAGCCACGGCUCUAUAUGAAGCAGCUAAAAAUGGACACGAGGGAGUUGUGGAGCUGCUCCUGUCUCAGAGCGCUGACGCCAACAAGCCUGGUAGGACAGGACUAUUACCACUUCAUAUCGCUGCUAAGAGAGGAAGUGACACAAUCGUCUCUAUGCUGAUCCCGGUGACCGGUAAGACCAGAGUCAACCGAAGUGGAAUCAGCCCACUGCACCUGGCAGCAGAGAAUAACCAUGACGACACUCUGGAGCUGCUAAUUGAGGCGGGCUUUAAUGUCAACGCUCAGUUAUCCGAAGAACGAACAAAGCUGUACGAGGACCGCCGCAGCACCGCCCUCUACUUCUCCAUCAUCAAUAACAAUAUCUACGCAGUGGGCAUGCUGCUCAGCGCCGGGGCGGACCCAAACCUGGACGUGUUCAAGCCGCUGAUGGUUGCUGCCAGGCAGGGCUGCAUUGAGACCGUGACUUUGUUGGUGGAGCAUGGCGCCGACAUCAACGCUGGCAUCCCGACCCACCCCAGCACCUUCCCUGCCGUCUACAUGUUCUCCAUGAAGUACCUUCCCAUGUUCAAGUACCUGCUGGACCAAGGCGGGAACGCCCUCUCCUGCUUUGACUGUGAGUUCGGCAGCCGGACUCAUCCGCCACUCACAACCUCCCAAUCACAGAGGAGUGACCGGCGGGGUGAAGACGCGGUACUGGAGCCUCACCUGAGGAGAGGCGUUCAGUUCUGUGAGGUGAUCUCCAUUCCCAGUAUCUGUCGGUGGGCGGGGCCAAUCAUUGACGUCCUGUUGGACUAUGUUGGUCAUGUGACUCUCUGCUCCAGACUGAUGGAACACCUGGACAGCUUCCCUGAUUGGAGCUGCAUCAAGGAGAAAGCAACUCCACCGAGGCCACUGCUGCAGCUCUGCAGGCUACAGGUUGUGCAGCUGGUUGGAAGUCGACGUGUGAAGAGAUUACCGCUGCCUAUAGGUCUGAUCCGCUUCCUGCAACACCAGGAGGCGUGUCUGGACGACUGAUGGUGCCCCUCCAGGCCAACUAGUGGACCGAUCUGUUCCCUGAUGGACCUGCAGAGAGAGUCCGGAGAACCACAGAUCAGCCUGUGAUCUGUGGUUAGUGAUGAUGUGUGGAUGUUAUAUUUUGCACUGUUUAGCCCGGUGUGAAACCCCUCUGAUACCUCCAGAGGUCACAUGACCUCUUCAACACCGUUUGUUGUGUCGUUAACUGCUGUGGUUUAACCUGCAGAUGAAGGUUGGGUUGAUCCCAGCUGCUGAGUCCUCAGAAAAUGACCCCUGGAAGUAACUUUUGCUGCUCGUUAGCUUUAAGUUUUAACAAAAGUCGGAGUCAUUUCUUUAAAGUUAUUCUAUGCAACUUCUGAGAGCUAGCAAGAUUUGAAAGUGGCGCUUCCUCUAAGCCCCGCCCCCCCCGCCCCCACCCACGAGCGCUCCGUCCAAAGCCACGCCCCCACAAACACGAACGCGCAUACGAUUAUUAAACAUUUUGGACAGCACAUUUACAGCAAAACUACCCCAUGUCUCAUUCACCUGUAAGCGAAGCCGGUUUUAGGGGGGGCAGGGGGGGGCUGUGCCCACCCAAACGUGCAUCCUGCCCACCGGCGCCUCCAUCCCGGAGAGCGCCGGUGCGGGUGGCGGAGCGCUGCGGUGCCGUGCAGUCUCUAGAGCCACGGCUACGCCGUAGCCUAC